CUCUCUCUCUCUCUCUCUCUCACACACACACACACACACACACACACACGGAGCUGCAGUGUGAAGGGGCCAUGCAAAUGCGUGUUAGAAAGAGGAACUGCCGGCCCGGGAGCAAAGAGAAGUUCUUUACAGAAGUUGAUCAAGCUUCAGGAUUCAGGAUCUUCACUUUCUACAUUAGAGUAAAAGCUUUGUGCUGAUAAUCAAACUUACACGAGUGGAUCCGACACCGAAAGGAAACUGAUGGAUCUCUUCCUGUUCACGGCGCUAGAUUUUUAAAGCCUGAUUAUUUGUGAGAAGAAACACCAAAAACACUUUAAAGGCCUGCGAGUGAAGACGCUUCCGGGAAACUCCGCUACAACACCACAGUUGCUGGGACUCUGAGGGACUAUUUCUGAGGUAUGGCUAACUGGAAUUUGGGCUUGGAGACCCUGAGCGAGGUGGCGUUGAGCAGACUCGCAGAGAUGCUGGACAACUCAAACCGCGGCUGGAGGCAGUUGGCAGCAGCAGUUAAAGAGCAGCCGCAAUUCUGCUACAGUGAGAAGGAGAUGACCAGCUGCUCUCUGCAGGUGCUCAGUGCUCGUGGCAGUCCUGGCCGAUACCUGCUGGCUCUGCUCACUGACAGGAAGUGCUCGCUGGCCUUCUUGCUGCAAUGCCUUAAAAAGAUCGAACACCAUGGGGCUGCCAGUUUCCUCACUGCAUGCGUGGAACCAAUAGAGAUAACAACUCAUCCUCAAGAUGUGCAAGUGCCAAAGGGCAGUGCAGUAACACUCAGCUGCCGAGCCGUUGGCCCACCGGGACUCAGCUACCAGUGGUUCAGGAGAGGAGAUGAGGUGCCCGGUGGGAGUGCGCCAGAGCUGAUUCUGAACCCGGCUCAGGAAGGCCCCUACACUUGUCGCGUCAAUGCCGGGGAGAAGUAUGUGUUCAGUGAGUGGGCCCACAUCCGGCUGCUCCGCUCCGUUGAUUCAGGCUCUGAUGUGAGCUUCCCUCAGUCAGGGAAUGAGUUGUGUAUAACACAGCAGCCCAAAGCUCAGGUGCUGUCCGAGGGUGAUACCUUACAUCUGGAAUGUGUUGCCCAGUCCAACCCGCUGCCCCAGUUUCAGUGGUACCACAACCAGCAACCUCUACUGAAGGCCAUCAAACAGUUCAUAAAGAUUCCAUGUGUAACCACAGCAGACCGAGGCAUCUACAGCUGCAGAGUGUACAAUCUUUAUCAUGAGAUGUGGAGUGACAACGUGAAAGUAGAAAUUGGUCCUGGGUCCAGCACUGAAGCCUACUGGGAAACAGAUGAUGGACAGAAAACCAGUUUACUUCCACGACAGAUGGGAGAUUUAUAUGCCACAGACAAGGUCGCACUGCUGAUGGGGAAUAUGAAUUACGCGCACCACAGGGAGCUCAGAGCCCCCAUGGCUGAUGUGUAUGAGCUGAGCAACCUCCUGCGGCAGCUCGACUUCAAGGUGGUCUCGCUGCUCGACCUAAACCGGCACGAGAUGCACCGAGCCGUCAGCGAGUUCCUGCUGCUGCUCGGCCGCGGAGUCUACGGGCUGCUUUACUACGCUGGACACGGCUAUGAGAAUUACGGGAACAGCUUCAUGGUGCCUAUAGAUGCUCCGGCCUCGUACACGUCGGAUCACUGUCUCUGGGUGCAGGACGUUCUACAGCGCAUGCAGGAGCGUCAGACUGGCCUCAACGUCUUCUUACUCGACAUGUGUCGUAAGCGAAACCUGAAUGAUGAUAUCAUCCAGCAGCCUGGACCACUGAAAGUCACAGCCAACAUCGUGUUUGGCUAUGCAACAUGCGUUGAUGCUGAGGCUUUUGAGGUGAACAAAGAUGACCUGUCCAAUGGUAUCUUCAUGAGCUUCCUGAAGAAGAGACUGAUGGAGCAGGAGAAGGUCACCGUCAUGCUGGACAGAGUGGCUGAAGAUAUGGGCAGGUGUGAAUUGACCCGUGGUCGGCAGGCCCUGGAGUUACGCAGUAACCUUUCUGAGCGCCGCACUCUGACGGAUCGCAUUCAGGCUCCAGAGUGUCCUGUUAUGGCAUCAACACGCAACCUGCAGUGGUCUAUAGCACAUGCUCUGCCAGAGAGUCGUGUGCUUCAGUUCGACUGUGGCGUGAAAGUGCAGCUGGGUUUUGCAGCAGAGUUUUCCAACAUCAUGAUCAUCUACACACGGAUACUGGAGACUCCCACAGACAUCAGUACCUGCUCCGCCCAGCUGUCUGAAUUCACUGAGGGCCCAGAGAUCGACCUUAAGCGUACCAAUCAAGCAAGUCUCCGAGAUGCUGGGAGUUUACUGUUAGUCAUGGAUGAACGUCUACCACCAGAGCAGCCCCGACUCUUCACUCGUCUUUGUGCACUGCAAAGACUCAAGAACGAGCUGUCAUUCACUGUCUGUCUACACUAUCAGUACGUUAAACUCGAUGAGGAGGUGCAGGAAUGGCGAACGGUAAUCGUGGGCAAACCUCUGGUUUCCAAACUUAACCUGCACGAGCCACGGAAACUCCACACUUCAUCAGCGUCAUUCUCUACUGAUCUUCAGUCUACCAGUAUGCCACAAUACUCGUCUUUUGCUCAGGAUUUGCAGGCCAGUUUGCCUUCCUUCGAUGCCAGUGCUUCCUUCACUGAAUCGACCGAGUCCUACUUCUACAGACAUGCUGGAUUCUCUUCUGCUUCUGAUCUGAAGAGGAUAAACGAACCUGAGGAGAACAUCAGCCCUGAGUUCUUCACGUCAGAGGAACCCAGAGUGUCCAAAAGUUUCACUUACGCUAGUGCUAACAAACCUUUCAAAUUCAGCAACUUUCAUUCCUUCUAGUGGAAACGUGUGCAAGAUGAUCUCAGCUCCUUUUUCUGUUAAUAUUUAUCUCAAAAUGGUGCCAGUUGUUCAGUGUUGUUUAGCUCUGGGUCAUUCCUUAUAUGUGAUGUCUUUUAGGCCUCAAGGCAUUUAAAAAAAAAACAUAACAUCUUUAUGGUGCAAGCACUUAACCUGAAAGUGUAUUAUAUAUAGAUUAAUCAUCUGUUUUUCAAAAGAAUAUACAAGUUGUGUAUAAAUGUCUCCCUGCCUAAAAGGGUGGAACAGAAGAGGGUGGACAUACAGAGGCAAAAUUCAGCAAAAUGGUAGACUAUUAUUUGAACUUAAACAUAUUUUUAAAUAACUAUAUCUUUGAUAUGUAUUUAAAAAAUUAUGAAAUGUUGUUUAUUUCCUGUGUAUUUGAACCUAAAAGGGUGGAACAUAACAAGGUGGAUAUACAAAGACGAAAAAGUCAUUGUGGUACAAUAAUAGUUUACCUUGAACGUAUUUUGAAAUAGUUGUAUCUUAUAUAUUUAAAAAUGAUGAUAGGUUAUUGAUUUCCUGUGUGUUUUAACCUAACAGGGAGGAAAUACAGGGGUAAACUUUGUCAUUCAGGAAAAUUUGUCAUUGUGGUAGAAUAAUAGUGACUCACACAUGUUGAAAAAUGUAUGAGUGUAAUGUACUAUUAUGAGUAAAAAUGUAAAGUGUUUCGAGGUUACCCAUCCAAGCAAAUUGCAACACUCAUCAAAUGUCAAAGUGAAAGGGGAAAAUGGUAGCCAUAGUAAGCAUGUUUAAUUUUUUUUUAAUGUAAAAGCACUACAUACUUAGAGGAAGUUAUGUUAGGAACAGAUGAAAAACCAUAAAAUGUUUGUGAAAUAGGAGAAUUAAUUGAAGAGGUCUUAAGUAGGAGAUCUUAUAAACUAUUGUUACAACAGAGUUAUUAAUAUAUUUGUUUUCGUAUAUAAACAAACAACUCAAUUUUAAAAAAGCAGGCUAAAACACUGCUUUACCAUUAAAGGCACCAUGCACAAGGAAUGAAGCAUCUACAAAGGACUAACUAUUUUUUAAUUAUUCAUUUUGAGUUGUAAUACUGUCAGGCUAUGUAAUAUGUAAUACAGCUGUAUCAACUAUCUACACAAGGAAUUUUAUACCAUGGGCUGUUUUUAUGAUCACAGUAAGAAGGACACCUGUAGAUAUUCUCCAUCAUACAGGAUUUACACCACAUGAUUGUUGCAACAAUACUUUUCUGGAGCAGCAGCAACAAUAUCAAGACAUGUGUAGUGUAACUUGCACACAAACAAAUUCACAUACCUGUUAAUGUUUCCUUUCUGUCUGUCUCUCUCCUCCUCAGCUCUGUCUCUCAGGGGCUCUCUAGCUGACCGUCUCUCUCCUCCUCUCCUGUCUCCAGAUGUUCUUUUGGUCCUCUUCACCUCGGCUCUCCAGGGGCUGCCUCUCUUUGU